GUUCAUUCUACAAAUAACGUUUAUAAACUUGUCUACGUUAAUUUCUCUAUUUAAAUUAUAAAAAUUAAACAAGAGAAAAUUUCAAUCAUGGUUUGGAUUCCAGGACCACUUUUUCAAGAUUUAUGUGAUUUGGGUGAAAAAUGUACAACAUGUCCAUCGCAAACAAUAAUGUUUAUAACAAUUCUUUCGAUUUUAUUAGGAAAUUCAAAACAUAGAAAAUCGUCCCGUGAAAUAACAAGAGAAUUAGAUUUUAUUAUAGUGGGAGCAGGUUCAGCGGGUUGUGUUCUUGCAAAUCGAUUAACGGAAAAGAAAAAUUGGAAUGUCCUUCUAUUGGAAGCUGGUGGUGAAGAAUUAAGAAUUAACGAAAUGCCAUCGACUCCCUUUAUAUUUUUUGGCAGUAAUAUUGAUUGGAAUUAUAAAACUGAAGCUGAUGAAAAUUCAUGUCGUGCUGACAAUGGUUGUAUGAUGCCACGAGGAAAACUAAUGGGUGGUACGAGUUCUACAAAUGGAAUGUUAUACGUCAGAGGAUCACCUUCGGACUUUAAUGAUUGGGCUAAAUUAGGAAACAAAGGCUGGAGUUAUAAAGAUGUUUUGCCCUAUUUUAAAAAAUCGGAAAAUAAUCUCGAUGAUAAUAUUGUAAAAGCAAAUCCAUAUUAUCACAAUAAAGGUGGUUAUUUAGCAGUGGAAAAACUUUCCUAUCACGAUAAAAAUGCACAAAUUUUAACAAAAGCCUGGCAAGAAUUAGGCUAUGAAUACAUAGAUGUGAAUGCAAAUAAACAAAUUGGUGUAAUGAAUAUACAAACAACGACACUUAAUGGAAAACGUCAAAGUUCAAAUGAUGCUUUUAUUGAUCCAAUAAGAGAAAAAAGAGGAAAUUUAUUUAUCGAAACAGAGGCAUUAGUUAGAAAAAUUAAAAUAAAUUCAAAAACAAAAGAGGCAAUUGGCGUUGAAUACAUAAAUAAAAAUGGAGAAAAAAAAAUUGUAUUUGCAAAAAAAGAAAUAAUUAUAUCAGCAGGUACAAUUGAUUCUCCAAAAUUGUUAAUGCUUUCUGGAAUUGGACCAUCUAAAGAACUUAAGAAACACAAUAUUAAUAUUAUAAAAGAUUUACAAGUGGGACAAAAUUUACAAGAUCAUGUGGCAAUUGAUGGUCUUCGUAUUAAACUCAAUAAAACAUCAACAGAAAAAAGUUUGAAAAAAAGAAUUCAUGAUCUAGAGCAAUAUUUAAAAAAUCAAACUGGACCACUUUCAUCAAUUGGUCCAUUGGAGAGUGCCGCAUUUGUUAAAACAAGUUUUGAAAAAGAAAAUCAACCAGAUAUUGAAUAUAAUUUUGUACCCUUUAGCAAUAAUAUUAUCACUCUUCCAAAUUCAUAUAAUAUGAUAAAUGUUCAUCCAAUUUUAUUAACUCCAAAUAGUAGAGGAACAAUAACUCUAAAUGCAACUGAUCCAAUAAAUUCUCCACCAAUAAUUCGUCAAGGUUUUUUUUCCAAAAAUCCAGAUCGUCAACGUCUUUUGGAAGGAAUAAGAAUUUUUCUCAAAAUAUUUAAGACAAAAAUAUUUCAAGAUAAUAAAAUGACAUUAAUGAAAACAUUUAAACCAUUGUGUAAAGAGAAAUUUAAUAGUGAUGAUUAUUGGUAUUGUUUAAUGAAAUAUUAUACAAAUACUGAUUAUCAUCCAGUGGGAACUUGUAAAAUGGGUCCAAAAUCUGAUAAAGAAGCUGUUGUUGAUUCAGAAUUAAAAGUUUAUGGAAUAAAGAAAUUACGAGUUGUUGAUGCAUCGAUAAUGCCAAAAAUAAUUCGUGGCAAUACUAAUGCACCAACAAUUAUGAUUGCUGAAAAAGCAAGUGACAUGAUAAAAAAUUAUUGGAAAUUUAAAAUUUUUUAACUUGCACCAAUUUUGAAAAAACAAUUAUUUAAAAAAGGAAAUAAUUGACGAGUAAUUUUUAGGUUAAGUUCAGAUAAAAAAAAACGAAAUUUAUUCUAAUUUUGAUAUUUACCAAUAAGAAUUAUUUAAUAAUUUGUAAGUUUAGAUAAAUAAUUAUUAAAAUAUGUUCUGUAUUUCAUGUUAAAAUUAUAAUACAUUUUUUGUAACACAAUUUUCCUGAACUGUCAAAUGACA